AUGGGCGAACAUAAUCUCCUUAAUCCGGGGUUUGUGGGACCUUUGGUAAACAUCCACACCGGAGACACCUUUUAUUUCCCCAAUUUUCGAGCCUCGGGGGGACAACUGGCGGGGCUACCGUCUCUCUCCUAUCCGAGGAGGGACAACGUUUGCUCCCUCCCGUGGAAUCCUUCGGAGCCGUGCAAUGGAUACUCCCAAUCCUACUUCAGCAGCCCCGUUUCCAUUAACCCCUCGUUCAACCGCUCGUGUGAGAUCAGCAGAGCCGAGGAGGCCAAGUGUUACUACAGUAACGGCGCCCGGGAGGCGUGCGGCGGCGGCGGCGGCGGCGGCGGAGGAGGAGGCUCGGGCUCGGGCUCAGGUGGCCUCAAGCGGGAGGACAGGGCGAGGGACACAUCCUCCGCAUCCUUAACAUCCGAGCACGGGAUGCACGCCGUGAUCGGCGCCGCGGCAGGCUCCGGCGCCUCAGCUGCAGCCGCCUUCGCCAAAUACGAGUACGGCAACGAGCAGCUGACGCAGGACCCUCCGUCCUGUCAGUCCUUGGAGUCCGACUCCAGCUCGUCCCUGCUCAACGAGAGCAGCAAGCCCCCAUCCGGCGACGCGCAGAGCCUGGUGUCCCCGGGAAGCCACGCGAGCAACAUAGCCGCAGGCGGAGGUGCCCCGUGGUAUCCGAUGCACACACGGACCAGGAAGAAGCGCAAACCUUACUCCAAACUUCAGCUGGCCGAACUGGAGGGUGAAUUCAUGCUGAACGAGUUCAUCACCAGACAGCGGCGGAGGGAGCUCUCCGACCGGCUCAACCUCAGCGACCAGCAGGUGAAGAUCUGGUUCCAGAACCGCAGGAUGAAGAAGAAGAGACUCAUGCUGAGGGAACAAGCGCUGGCCUACUUUUAG